CCCUGUCCAACACCUCCCAAUCUCUCUCUCUCUCUAUCUCUCUCUCCACUUUUUGAGAUCUUUCUGAGAAAUUCCUCGAGCAUGGACGACGACGGCGAUUGGAUCACGGCGAGGUACCUCCUAUCGUCAAUUCUCGGGCGGAACCCACUCGUCGUGGACUACGUCGACGAGGAGGCCUUCCCCGUCCACUCUCCUCCCGCCGCCGGCGGCCGGGCGGAUGCGGCGGCGCCUGUCUCGGCGCCGCCGGCGGUGAAGGCGUCGGCGGGCGUGGCCGGCACGGUGUGCGCGGUGUGCACGGAGGAGAUCGCGGUCGCAGACGCCGUGGUGCGGCUGCCGUGCGCGCACUGGUACCACGCCGGCUGCAUCGCGCCGUGGCUCGGGAUCCGGACCACCUGCCCCAUGUGCCGCGCCGAGCUCCCGCCCAGGGACGACGACGCUGGCGAGGGGGACGGCGCCGCCGGCCACGUGAAGCCGAGCGCUCGCUCGGGCGAUGCCGCGGGGACCAGUGACGUCGCCGGCGUAAGCGCCCGCGCGCGGCGGGACGCGUCGUCGUUCGAGUACCUCGCCGGCGGCGUGCUGUCCGGCUGACGGGCGCGACGCUGGCUGAGUAGAUUAGGCGCGUGGACCGCAUCGUCGUGCGCAAUUGCGCAUGACGCUCGUUGUACAAAACAAAAGGGUAAAUGCGAUAAAGAAAAACGUAAUUUUGAGCCAAAA